AGGGCGGGGCGUGUCCAGAGCGGGUGCAGCGCAUGCGCGGCGCGGCUGAGCUGUGGCGGCCCCGCGCCCAGUUCCUCAAUGGAAAAGGUGUUGAAAACUGCCCGUGGCACCAUGGAAACACUCAGACAAAGCAGUCAUCUACUGACACUGGUGAGGAAUUGCUGGGCAGAGUGAGGGAAAUGAAGAGCUCCAACCAUCGCUCCAGUAUGGCAGCAGCAGAAUCUGACAAAGACUCCGGAUAUUCAGAUGGAAGUUCAGAAUGCCCAAGUGCCAUGGAGCACACGGACUCGGAGGAUGUGCUGAAUGCGCUGUGUUGGAAUGCAGAGGAUGGACCUUGGCAAUGCCCGAGGACCACAAGCAGCUCCUUUCCUGCCCUGUCUCCUAUGGUUGUUAUGAAAAAUGUGUUGGUUAAGCAGGGGAGUUCAUCACAGCUCCAGUCUUGGACUGUGCAGCCAUCCUUUGAAGUGAUUCCAGCUCAGCCACAGCUAGUGUUUCUUCGUCCAUCAAUCCCACCUCCCAUUAGUCCUCACCCUGUUGGGAAAAAGAGAAAUGACUCCACUAAUUACCUGCCCAUCCUGAAUUCUUAUCCCAAAAUAGCACCACAGCCCUGCAAAAGAGAUCACUCCUUUGAUCUAGAAGAAUGUCAGGAAACCACUUGCCAUAAACGACUCUGCACAGAAGCACCCAAGAUGGAGACUUCUCCCGGACUGAUGAGCACAGGCUUGCCUACUAGUUCUUUUUCCCACCUACCAGUUAGCUUUAAGACCCCUCAGGAUUCUAGCCAGCAAAGUUCUUCAGCACUGGUGACAAGUGGAAAACUGUCAGCUCUUCCUGGUUUUCAUCGUGUUUCCAGCGAUGCUCAGAAGGUGCCAGGUUUGGCUCCCCUUUUGCCUUUUGGAGCUCUGCAGACAGCAAAGUGCACCCUUCACGAGGGCGAGAGUGCGUCACAGACUGCGGUGCCUUCUGCGGUGUGGAGCCCUCCGUUGAUACCAGAGGAGAUGUGCAGCACCCCUGAGCUGCUCUUGCAGCAGCAGAGCAAGUGCAGGCGCUUUCAGAACACGCUGGUGGUGCUGCGCCGGUCGGGACUGCUGGAGAUCACCUUAAAAACCAAGGAGCUCAUUCAUCAGAACCAGGUGACGCAGGCUGAGCUGGACCAGCUGAAGCACCAAACACAGCUUUUCAUAGAGGCAAUAAAGAACAAUGCUCCACAGUCAUGGGCAGAGCUGGAAGCAUCCCUAACAGGAUCUGAUAAAGCUGAUAGCAACCUCGAAGACCCCACUUAUCCCAACAUGUAGUAAAAAUGUGCAUAGCUGUUGGUCAAGUUAUUUCUGUGCCUCCUUUUCUCCUGUCUCAGACUUCUACUUGAGCAUUUUUUGAGUCCAAGAUUUGUAAAGUUGCAUUGCCAUUAACAAUUUGUCUUCAGAGCCAGCUGUGGGACUGGAAUAGCAUGGUGGGUUCCAGGCAGAAUGGGUACUUAGUACUGUAAUGUGACCUUGAAUUUCACGCUAACUCUCUGUAAUUCGUUGGUCUGAAGAAGUUUGUAUGUGUUCUGCUGGCAUGUUCCCAUUCUUGAAGUGAAGACAGUCGUUUGCAGUAUUCUGCAAGCAUCUUCUUAUUCCCAUCUUCAGAUAGUUGUUUCUGAGCGUGCAGCAGCAGAACAGGCCCCACUGUUGGGCCAUCAUCACUUCCAAGUAGGUGAAGGGAGUUGGUGUGAGGUGAAAGAAGUCCUUCUCCCAUCCCCUUCCUUAUUUUUCUUAUUUAGAGAAAUGGAAUAGAGAGGAGAAUUUGAAGUUCAGAAUAUGUAUUUUUAGGAAGCGGUUGCCCUAGAAAACAAGAUGAUGGGCUCGGGGUACGUAGAGAUGAAAGGGAGGCAGAAAAAAUGAAGUCCUAUCGUAGCUGUUUGAGACAAGGAAAAAUGAGUCUACCAGUGACCUUCUCCAUUCUAUAUCCACUGCUCUAAUAGAGUAUAAAGGAAUGAAAAACUUGCUUUGCAGGGCAGUACCCUUUGACUUAGGGAGACUUAGCUGGUGGAAAUCUCUCAUAGUCCUUAUAGUACCACAUGGACUUUUUCUCUGACAGUAUGGAGGGUGGGCUGAAGUGGGUGUGCUUACAGCUAAUGGGCCUUUCUGCUGGUGUAAUUUGUAUAAAUAUAUGUUCAAUAAAUCUGUGAAUAAAGUUCAGCAGCUGGUUAGAAAUCUCCUACUGGGCAUCAGUCCAGACUUAAAUAGUAUUUACUGAACUAGAAAAAUCCACUCUGGAACUCAUACUUAAAUCUGGGGCUCCUUAGGAAGCAUAUCCCUGGAUAAUGGGAAACCUUAACAUCUAU